AGCGCCGGACGAGCCGCGGGCAGCCUCGCCGCUGCGCACCGCGACCCCGACCCCGCCGAGGGGCGGCAGAGCGCGGGGGGAGCCGCCUGCGAGCCCUCCCGUCCGGGAAGGUGCCGGCACCGCGCCCCGCAGCCUGCCCGGCCGAUCGGCGGCGGCGGGGGGGGGAUGCCGGAGAGACACAAAGCCGACGGGGGAAGCAGCCCAAGGCUCGUCCCGGGAUGGGGGCGCCGCGCCGGGUCGGCCUGAUGGUGCUGUGGGGCUCCGUCCCGCUGCUGCUGCUGCUGCUGCCCGCGGCCGAGCCCGUCUGCCCCGAGCCGUGCGACUGCCAGCAGCACCAGCACCUCCUCUGCACCAACCGGGGCCUCCGCGCCGUGCCCAAGGCUGCCGCGCCCCACGACAUCCUCACCUACAGCCUCGGGGGCAACUUCAUCGCCAACAUCUCCGCCUUCGACUUCCACCGCCUGGCGGGGCUCCAGCGCCUGGACCUGCAGUACAACCGGAUCCGCUCCCUGCAUCCCAAAGCCUUUGAGCGCCUAGGCCGGCUGGAGGAGCUCUACCUGGGCAACAACCUGCUGCCGGCACUGGCCCCCGGCACCCUCAGCGCCCUGGCCAAGCUGCGCAUCCUCUACGUGAACGCCAACGAGAUCGGCCGCCUCAGCGCCGCCUCCUUCUCCGGCCUGGGCAGCCUGGUCAAGCUGCGCCUGGACGGCAACGAGCUGGGCUCGCUGGGCGACUCCACCUUCUCGGGGCUGCCGAACCUGCUGUACCUGCACCUGGAGUCCAACCGCAUCCGCUGGCUGAGCCGCGGAGCCUUCGCCGGACUGGCCAAGCUGCGCUUCCUCGACCUCUCGGGGAACCAGCAGAGCUCCCUUCGCCACCCGGAGACCUUCGUGCCGCUGCAGUCGCUGCACACGCUGCUGCUGGCCGGUAACAGCCUGCAGGAGCUGGCCGGGGGGCUCUUCCAGCACCUGCCCGCCCUGGCCAAGCUGUCUCUCGGCGGCAACCGGCUGGCUCACCUGCCCCCGGACGCCUUCGCGGGGCUGGGCUCGCUGAAGGAGCUGCGCCUCGAGGGGAACCUGCUGAGCCACCUGCCCGCCGCGCUGCUGGAGCCGCUGGGCAGCCUGGAGGCGCUGGACCUGAGCCGCAACGCGCUGACCGCCCUGCACCCCGACGCCUUCGCCCGGCUCGGCCGUCUGCGGGAGCUCAGCCUGCGGGACAACGCGCUGGCCACGCUCCCCGGCGAGCUCUUCGCCUCCAGCCCGGCCCUCUACCGCCUGGAGCUGGAGGGGAACGCCUGGAGCUGCGACUGCCGCUUGCGCGGGCUCAAGCGCUGGCUGGGGGCAUGGCACUCGCGGGGACGCCUGCUCACCGUCUUCGUGCAGUGCCGCCUGCCGCCCGCGCUGGCCGGCAAGUACCUCGAUUACCUGCAGGACGCGCAGCUGCCGCCGCCCCCCGACGGCGCUCCCUGCCCCGCCGCCGCCUCCGCGUCCCCCGCGCCUCUCGCCGAGGCGCUCGGCGGCAACGCCAGCAGCGCGGGGGCAGCGCUGGCCGCCUCCACCGCCCGCCUGCAGGGGGCGCCUGGCCCCACGGCGGCCUGGCCGCGGCGAGCGGGGACUCCGCGGGCCUCGGCGGGCGCCCCGCCGCUGGUGUCCGACCCGUGCGCCUUCAACGAGCUGUUCCUGUACAACCUGUCGGUGGAGGCGGUGGGCUCCAGCUCGGUGACGGUGCGCUGGGCGGUGCGGCCGCACCGCAGCGCUCGCCCGCAGGGGCCGCCGCGGUUCCGCCUCCUCUUCGACCGCUUCGGAGCCGCCGUCAAGUUCCAGCGCUUCGUGUACCUGCCCGAGCGCGGGGAGCCGGCGGCCACGCUGCGGGAGCUCCGCCCGGACACCCCCUACCUCGUGUGCGUCGAGGGUGUCCUGGGCGGCCGCGUGUGCCCGGUGGCGCCGCGGGACCACUGUGCCGGGCUGGUCACCCUUCCCGAGGGCACCCGCGGCCCCGACCCGCAGCUGCUGACGCUGGCGCUGCUGGCGGCCAACGCACUGCUGCUGGUGGCGGCGCUGGCAGCCUGGGCCUCGCGCCUGCUGCGCAGGAAGGUGCUGGGGCGGCGGCGCAAGGCGGCGCCCGUCCACGUGCGCCACCUCUACUCCACUCGACGCCCGCUGCGCUCCAUGGGCACCGGCGUCUCUGCCGACUUCUCGGGCUUCCAGUCGCACCGGACGCCUCGCGCCACCGCUGCCUGUGCCCUCAGUGAGGCCGACCUCAUCGAGUUCCCCUGCGAGCACUUUGGGGACAGCGGCGGCACUCGCCGCGGCGACGACCACCUGCUGCAGCGCUUCGCCGACUGAGCCCGCGGGGACGUGGCUUCCCAUGUGGGAGGUGGGUGUAGAGACCUGCUGUGAGCCACAGCUGGCGUGGCGAGGGGACGGCGUAG